AUGCUGCCACUACGCAGCAUCCCCGGGACUCUGUUCCGCAUCAGACCCUCAAUACACCAUUUCAACCGCCAGACCCGCCUCGUCUCCGCCCUCGCAGCCUCACCAAAAUCAAAGACACAAGUCUACACCUCAAACUCCCGCGACCCCUACGUAAACCUGUCCAUCGAGCACCACCUCCUCCAAACAACCCCGUCCGACUCAACCGUUCUCUUCCUGUACACAAAUCGUCCCAGCAUCGUCAUCGGCCGCAACCAGAACCCAUGGCUCGAGGUUAACCUCCCUCUCCUAAAGUCUCUCCCCUCAUCAGAUGCCAUCGACCUCGUCCGCCGCCGCAGCGGAGGCGGAACGGUGUUCCACGACGAGGGCAACGUAAAUUACUCCGUCAUAUGCCCGCCCGCAAACUUUGACCGCGAUACCCACGCGGAGAUGGUCGUCCGCGCCCUCCGCUCCCUCGGCGUCGAGGGCGCCGCCGUCAACUGCCGCCACGAUAUUGUCAUGACUCUUACCCCUCCGCCUUCCUCUUCAGGAACUUCCGCCACAGCACCAGCGGCCACAGAUGCCACCACCGCCUCCGCAGGGGCAUCAUGCAGCAAGCCCAAAGUCAACGCGGAGAACACGUUUAAGAUCUCCGGCUCGGCGUAUAAGCUCACCCGCCUCCGCUCCUUGCACCACGGUACAUGUCUUCUCUCGUCUCCGAACCUCCCGCGCAUCGGUAGCUUCCUGCGGUCCCCCGCGGAACCCUUCAUCAAGGCCCGCGGCGUUGAAAGCGUGCGCUCGCGCAUCCGCAACGUCGGCAUCGCCGACACGUCGACGUUUGAGGACGCGGUGAUUGGUGAGUUUGGAAAAAUGUACGGGGACUUCACCGUCCGGGGGGAACUGGGUGAGAGGGAUGCCCUCGGAGAAGAAAAGGUUAAGAAAGGAAUGAGAGAGUUGCAGGUAAGUUGCGAUUGCCUUCUCUUCUCGUUCAGCGUUACUGCAGGUUCUCUCAAAUCUGCUUCAGGAUCAUCAGAAUCAGCGUAA